AUGGUAGAAACAAUUCUGAGUAGUUUUAAAAGACAUACCAAUUUGAAAAUAUUAUAUUUUUUCCAGAGUGCAUCAAUAGCAUGUUUUCAACCAUUUAUUAGUAUAUAUUUAAGAGAUAAAGAAUUGAAACCAUCGAUAAUUGGUAUAAUAACAUGUUUAAUUCCGCUGAUAUCUUUUAUUUCCUCACCAAUAUGGUCAAAUAUAUCGGAUCGUUUUGGGAUACAGAAAAAAGUAGUAAUUUUUAAUUUAUUGAUAUCAAUGGUAGCAUUAUUAUUAUUAAUUCCAAAUGGUAAUAAUGUAGUUGGAAUAUUUUUUUUAAUUAUUUUAUAUAGUAUUGUAACAGCACCACUUUGUCCAAUUAUUGAUUCAUUGGUAAUAAAAGAUUUGGGUGAAGAUUCUAAACUCUAUGGUCAACAAAGAUUAUUUGGUGCAAUUAGUUAUGGUAUUGUUGCAUUCUUAACAGGUAUUUUAAUUAAUCAUUAUAAUAUUAAUUUUAUACAUGUAUUUUAUGCAUUUUGGGUAAUGGUUUUUUUAGUUUUCUAUAUAUUUAAUCAAACUAAUUAUGGUUCAAAAUUAAAAAUUACCAAGAAUUUAAAAAAUCCAUUUAUAAAAUUAAAUGAUAACGAAAAAACACCUGUUGGUGAUGAAAUUGAAAUUGUUGGUAGUGUAACUCCAAAUGGUGAAAAUAUAAUAUCAAAUGAAAAUUUAAUUGUUACUGAAAUAAAUAAUUUAGAAAAUGAUAAUAAUAAUAAUAAUAACUCAAAUUUAGGAGAAGCAAUAAUAUCUUCUGAUUAUAAAAAUAAUCAAAAUGAUAAUGGAAAUGAUGUUUUAUUAGAAAAAGAAAAAAAUAAUUUUAUAAAUAAUCAAAAUGAUAAUGAAAAUACUAUUGGUGGUGAUGUUAAAGAAGAAUCAAAUGAAAAUAUUAAAUUAACAAAUAAACAAGUUUUUAAAAAUAUUUUAAAAAAUCCUCAAAUGAUGAUAUUUUUAUUAGCAAUGGCUAUUUGUGGUAUGACAUAUAAUAUUAUUAAUAGUUUUUUAUUCAUUUUCCUAAGGGAUCAUUUAAAAGCUUCAAACUUUUUAUUGGGUUCAACAAUGCCAUUCACAGUUGUGAUGGAAUUACCAUUCUUUUUCUUUGGUAAACAAUUAUUGGAGAAAGUUGGUGUAACUAAAAUGAUUAUGAUUGGUCAUACAGCUUUUAUUCUUAGAUUGUGCCUUUAUAAUAUCUUUGUAAUUGAUUCAAUUUCACCUUGGUUUAUUUUACCAAUUGAAACUUUACAUGGUAUUGCUUUUGCUACUAUUUGGGGAGCAGGUGUUGAAUUUUCUUCAAAAAUGGCUCCAAGAGGUUACGAAACUUUUUAUCAAGGUAUUUUCACUGGUCUCUAUUCUGGUUUAGGUUCUUGUAUUGGUUCAAUACUUGGUGGUUUCAUUUAUGAACAUAAGUCUGCAUUUUAUUUAUUUAGAUUUAAUGCAAUCAUAACCACAACAAGUUUAAUUAUCUUUUCAUUAACACAAUUCUUUUAUUCAAAGGAAUUUCAAAAAUUUAAAACUUUAUUUAAUUAA